GUCUGAAUACUGCACUAACUGCACUGACGAAAAGAAGCCUUGCUAGGUGGGACAAUUCAAGUUCUUCAAAUUGACUUUAAGAUGCUCCUUAAAACAGGUAUGUCUAUUUGUCUCUCAGCGAGACAGUUUCCAUCAACAAGCAUGAUGAUGAGGAUGAUGGCUACAGCUGCUGCUACAAACAGCAAGGCAAAUCUGGCGAAGCUGAGAAGGAAAACUGGGUUCAGUUUUGUAAACUGCCGGAAGGCCCUUGAGAAAUUCAAUAACGAUGUUGAUCAGGCAGAGGUUUGGUUGAGAGAGCAGGCCCAAAAGGAAGGUUGGAGCAAGGCUACCAAGCUACAGGGAAGAGUUACAGCUCAGGGUCUUAUAGGGGUCAUGUGUCAGUCUAACUCUGCUAUUAUGGUUGAGGUGAAUUGCGAGACUGAUUUUGUAGCACGUAAUGCCAAGUUCCAGAACCUUGUUAGCCAUGUAGCAUCUGCUGCCCUCCUAAGUCAGAAAGGCAAACAUGCAAAUCAAGAUAUUUUGAAACUCCCUCUAUCUGCUGAAGAUAUGAAGUCAUCAGUGGGUGAGGAUGGUAAAUCAAUGGAAGAUCUGACUGCCUUGACGAUAGGUCAGGUCGGUGAGAACAUGUCAAUCAGGAGAGGGCUGUAUCUAGAAGCACCUCAAGAAUUGUUCAUUGGUUCUUAUGUUCAUUCAGCACUUCAAAAGCCCCAGGACAACCAGGGCAAAUGCACCAUGGGUAAAUAUGCCGCCAUCGUUGUCUUCAAGAACUUGGGAGAAACAACACCCAAUUUCCGCCCAGAGGUGCUUGGCAGGAGGCUAUCACAACAUGUUGUUGGGAUGAAUCCACUUAGAAUAGGGGUGUAUUCACCACCAGACCCUGAGGAGCUGGAAUCAAAGGAGUCAGCUCAACCACCAGAUUCUGACCCAACUGAUGAUGAUGCCCCUGUGCCAUCAUCAUCUCCAGAAACAGAGACGGACGAGAUGGUGAAUCAGGAAUAUUUAUUGGAUCCAAGCCUUACAGUUGGAGAACUAUUGCUUCAAGAAAAUGUUGAGGUUGUGGACUUUGCUCGUUUUGAAUGUGGGGAAUCUACAGGAGAGAGUUGAAAAGAGAUCACCGAAUGAACAUUCGAUAGCUACAGAUAAAAACAUUUGAAAGUGUACCAAAAUAUUGCACUCGUAUGUUCGUCUAGAGCAAGUCAAAUGUUUGAAAGCUAUGAUUGGAACUUUUUUAUUUACAUGUUGACCAGUGGACUGCUAUGCAAGUAUUUCAUAGUAGUCUGUUUGUGUUCACAUUAUACAAAGUCAGUGGAGUAUAGCUAUGCAAGAGCGUGCCCAAACUGAACUAAUGUUGCCUGGCAUAUCAACUUUUCAUGACACUGACAUUGACUUUCUCCAAAGAACAUCUUUUUUGUGAGAAUAAAGGACAGAGUCUUUGUGCAUGCUUUGUGUGUCACAGUGCUACAGCUCACCCACCUGGUAUACUGUUAACACAAACCAGACUACUUGAGUAGUAUCAUGACAUAAUAGUAGUCCAUGGAAAACUGAAAAGUCAUUAUUGAUGAAAUUUAUAGGGAAAAAGUAAAUAAAAUUUUUUGACAUUUGGAGGAUUUAAGUUGACGUUGCUACAUCAAGUUGAAUUGAAUUAUAUUCAUGACCUGUUUAUUUUAAUACAAUGAAAAUAAUUAAUUACGAAUAUUUUUAUCAAGUUUUAAAAAAAUCUUAUGGAACUUGCUGGAAAUCUGAAAAGCGUUACACUUGUAAAGCAAAUGCUAUUCGAUUGUAUAACAAUCCUCCAUUUUCUAUCUCCCCUCUCUCUGUCAUUUGCUACAAGUCUCCAUCACCCUGUUGUAAUAUUGCACUGUACGAUGUUUGAUGGUAAAUUAGGGAAGCCAUUUUUCAACAGUGCUAUUUUUGGUUUUAGUAUCGAUAAUAUGAACUUAUAUUGUUUCAUAGUGAAGCCAUAAUUUCUGCAAGUCCUGCAGUUACACAUGUUUAGAAAACCCAAAGAUAGUUAUUGCAUUUCCCUGAACAAAUUUAUGAAUCUUUGCCUUCUGAAGAUUAAAUCACAGAUUGAGAUCUGUUUUCCAAUGAAGCCCUCCCUGCAUGAUUACAGAAAUGCACGAAAGUAUGCCAGAGAUUACUCACACUAGGAUGUAUGUGC